AUGGCACCCUCAGCUCCAUCAUCGGCGCUGAACGGCGUUGUCAUCGGAUUACUCUCAUCCUUUGGUUCCGCCGUCCUUAUCGCUCUCAUCUUCCUCGUCAUCUACUUCUUCAGAUACACGGCCAGCGGCCGCAUCUUUCUCGAUCGCAUCGGCCGACCCGGCGAAUACGACGAUGAGCAGGCUUUCGCCCGGGAGGAGGCCGAGGCUCUCGAGUCCAUGGACGAAAUGCAGAGGACCGAGUACCUCAGGGCAAAAGCAUUCAUCCAAGCGAACCCUCCCGAAUCCGUCCAAACCGACAUUUCUCUAUCGCAAUAUCUCGCCAUUCAAGAAAAGGGUGUUUCCGCCUGGGAGUUUGAACCCGAAUUGGAAAUCGCAAACUGUUUCGUCGAAGGCCGCACCGAGAUUGAGUUCUUUGACUCCGAAUGCACUGUCAUGAGCAAUCUGCCGGUGCCCAAGCAAAACGAGGUCUACUAUUGGGAAGCCAAGAUCUACGAUAAGCCCGAAACUACCCUCCUCAGCAUCGGCAUGGCUACCAAACCGUACCCGUUAUUCAGACUACCAGCAUACCUCUCAGCAGGCCAGCGCCGUUGCAACCAGCCAUUUGCCGCAACUCCCUACGGACCCCAGUUCGUUCAGGGCGAUGUCAUCGGCGUUGGUUAUCGUCCCCGGACGGGCACUAUUUUCUUCACCCGCAAUGGUAAGAAGCUGGAAGAUGCCGUUCACGGUGUCAAGUCGCAAAACUUCUUCCCUGCUAUCGGGGCCAACGGGCCCUGUAUUGUCCACGUCAACUUUGGCCAGGCCGGUUUCGUCUUUAUCGAGGCCAACGUGAAGAAAUGGGGCCUUGCCCCGAUGACGGGCAGCCUGGCACCACCGCCACCGUAUGGCUCCGAACAGGGCGAUAUCCUGCUCGAGGCUGGACGCAAGGACGGGUACACGAGUGCUACCGGCGGCGGCGGCGGCGGCGGACAGCAGCGGGGGCACUCCCAGACGCAGUCCUACUCGCAAAGUGGCUUGGGACCUCAACAUGGGCGGACGAGAAGCGGAAACUUCAGAGUACUUCCACCGAGGAGCCCCGGUCCCGUAAGAAGCCCGACUGACAUCUCUCUGACGCACUUUGUGUCCGACGAUGAGGGCGGCGAGCCAAGCAGCAGCAUCAAUCGCGGGCACGAAGGGCAAAGCGUCGUAGGGCUUGGGCUUCAAGACGCCUUGAACCCGCCACCCGAGUAUACGAGCCCCGAUCACUCGGAGGCCGGCAGCCGUCGGAACAGCACAGACAGCGAGAAUACGCCUUUGAUCCGCGUUCUUAAUCGGAGUCGAGGCGCCUCGGCAGCCGCUGCGGCCGGACCAUCGCACCCACCGAUACCCAGCUACACUGAUGCGGUGAGAGCCGGCGCGGGGCGGGAGGGGAACAGCACUCCGCGAUCCAGCAACCGACGCGGCAACCGGUCAAGGUCUCAGAGCGCGCAAUGA